UGUGUUUUAAAUACAAAAAAUGUCACUUGUAACGUUAUUUAAGUUUAACAGAAAUUUAUUUGUUAAUCUUAAAUUCUCAAAAUGUAAUGUUCACAGUAUGUUGCAAAUAUAUAAAGAUAAUUCUGAAACUAAUAUAGGAAGAAAUAUAAAAGUACAGGGUUGGAUUCAUGCAGUCAGAAAGAUGAAAAAUAAUAUUUUUAUUGAUAUUACGGAUGGAUCAACUCCUAAAAUGUUACAAAUUGUUAUACCAAAAUCCAAUAAACCAGAUAAUUUAAGUUUUGGAAGUAGUAUUAUAGCAGAAGGAAAAUUAGUUUUAAGUCCAAAUGGUAGAAUUGAAUUGCAUACAAAUAAUGUUACUAUAAUUGGUACAUGUGAUGUUAUGGAUGGGUAUCCUUUUGCUCCAAGAAAGCAUUAUGAUAUGGAUUAUGUUAGACAAUUUUUGCAUUUAAGACCAAGAACUAGAAGAUUUUCAUCUUUAUUAAGAUUACGUGAUAUGACAACUACAAGUAUUGAAAAUUAUUUAAGAAGCAAAAAUUUUAUUAAUGUACAUACACCAAUUUUAACUUCAAAUGACUGUGAAGGUGCUGGUGAAUUAUUUUUAGUAAAACCAUAUUGUGAAAAUGUAUUAAAAUCAAUGAAAAGAGAAAAUAUGUCAGAAGAAGAAUCAUAUUUUAAUACUAAGGCAUUUUUAACAGUUUCUGGUCAAUUACAUUUAGAAACAAUAGCAAGAUCAUUGACAAAAGUAUAUACUUUUGGACCAUCAUUCAGAGCUGAAAAUUCUAAAUCAAGAUUACAUUUAACUGAAUUUUAUAUGUUAGAAGUUGAAUUAGCAUUUAUUAAUAAUAUUGAUGAUAUAAUGAUUGAAAUUGAAUCAUUGAUAAAAUAUGUUAUUAAAGAUGUAUUUGAAAAAGGUGCUGCAGAUAUACAUAUAAUAGGUGGUUGUGAAGUGGCUUGGUUAAAUAAAAAAUUUAUAUGUAUAACAUAUGAUGAAGCAAUUAAUAUUCUAAAAAAUAAUGCAAAUUCCUUAUCAACUCCUAUUAAAUUUGGAACAAAUUUAUCUAAAGAACAUGAAUUAUUUUUAGUGAAAUAUAAUGAUAAUAUUCCAGUAUUUAUUAUAAAUUGGCCAAAAGAAAGCAAACCUUUUUAUAUGAAAGAAUGUAAAGAUGAUGCUUCAAAAGUUGCUGCAAUAGAUCUUUUAGUACCUACUGUAGGGGAAUUAGUAGGAGGCAGUUUACGUGAAGAUAAUUAUGAAAAAUUGAAAUUAAAGUUACCUCCAACAUCAGAUCUUUCUUGGUAUUUAGAACUGAGAAAAUAUGGCAAUGUUCCAACUGGAGGAUUUGGAAUGGGAUUUGAAAGAUUUUUACAACAUAUCUUUAAUAUACCAAAUAUUAAGGAUACUCUCCCUUUUCCAAGGUGGCCUCAUAAUUGCAAUUUAUAAAUAGAAUUUUAAAACUAUUUUAUUUAUCAUUUAUUUAUCAUUAUUAUUACAUAUUAUACUCUACAAAAAAAUAAAUAUUAUAAGAUAUUAUAAAAUAAAAUUUCUU